GCAGUUGAGUCACUGGGCUGGGCCUCGAAUUAUUCUGAGGCUGCGGUGUGCGACGACGACGACGACCAGGAGAUGGCUGCGGCGGCGGGCGGCGGCGGAGGAGCGAAGGCGACGGUGGCGGAGCAGAUAGGGCAGGCGGUGCAGUCCACCUCCAACCUUCUCCAGCUCAUGGAGCAGUCCUCCCCUGCCCAGAUCCACUUGGCUAAACUCCCUAAGAAUCUCUUGGCAAAAGCAUCUCUUACAAAGAACACAGAGCAAGUGCUACAACAGCUACCUAAUGUAAUUUCUUCCUUGGAUGCUUUUAUGGACAGUAGUUUGCAAAGCGCAUCUCAAAUUAAGACUGUCACACAACUGUUGUCAAACAUGGAGAGCACCCAACUUAAAUCUAUUUUGCCUGCCUCUCGAUUACAGAAAGAUCAAAAGAAUACUGAGCCUGGAGAACUCAGGGUUGACUGAUGUGUUCACUGCAAAAAGCAGAUCUUGACAUCUCACCAAAGCCCGGGCUCAGCUGACUUCUGCUGGAGAACAAGGUAGUAACUGAAGAAUUGUAUAGUUGGCAAGACUCGGGUGGCAGGUGGCGCUGGAAUGUGCAAAAAAGGGUCCUUGUUGCUUACUGGUGUUUCGAGACUACGAGAUCUACAUAGUGCGCUUAGGGUUACUUCUUUUAAACUUCAGACCUUUGGUGUGGGUUCUGUGGAACUGUCAAACCAUUAUAUAUGUUUAUUGUGGUUUCGCAACGAA